AUGUCGCCAUCAGCUGAGACAGCCGCCUCGCAAUGGCUCGAGCAGCUGGCUGCGAUGAGAGCGGCUAUUGCAGAACUGAAGCUCCCACAAACGAAUGGCGAAUCGAAAGAGCCGGCAUAUGAUGAUGGACUCGAUCUUGAACUGGAAGACGAUGACUUGUCACCAGCAUCGGGCGACGAUAUCUGGGAUCUUAUCAGUGAGGAAGAAGAGGAUAGCUAUAGUGAGGAGAGCGUAGACGUUCCGGCAUUUGCACGGACUCAGGCCAAGGAUGGCUCUCGAGAGUGGUUGCGGUUACGAUGCGAGCAGGUCGCCAGCAAGAGCAGUGGCCUCGAUGCGAACUCGCUUGAAGAUCAAAUCAUUGCGGUCCUGGCUUCUGACAGUAGCGAUGAUGAGUUGCAGAUGACACUUGCGGACAUUCUGGGCUUCGAGGAGCUCGAUCUGGUAUCAGAGAUAUUGCAACAUCGCAAAGCAAUCCUCUCCGCCCCUACCCCUCGUCCAUCGGGCAUUCUGUCCAAAGCCGAACGAGAUGCCCGACUGCGUGAUCAGGACUUGGCACACAAGACUGCCGCAUUAGCCCCAGCUCAGGAUCGUUCGCAGACGGAGUACCCUCAUGUCUAUCAAGCACACAGCGCUGGUAAUACGCUGUCGGCGCAUGGUAAGAGGUAUACUCUUCCCGUCGGCAGUGAGAGAAAGGAACGCGAGAAGUACGAAGAAUACAGUAUUCCUGCAGCCAAGGUUGGCAUUCGUGGGCUCGAGCAGAAGCUUGUUCAGAUCAGCGACUUGGACGGCCUUUGCAAACGUACAUUCAAAGGUUACAAGACGCUCAACCGGAUGCAAAGUCUCGUCUACCAAGUAGCAUAUCACACCAGUGAGAAUAUGCUUGUCUGUGCUCCAACUGGUGCCGGUAAGACAGAUGCCGCAAUGCUCACAAUUCUCAACACCAUUGCGAAGAAUAUUCACCCGAACCCGAUUGAGGAGCCAGAUGCUUCUGAGUUUGUCGUCUAUACCGAAGAGUUCAAGAUUGUCUAUGUUGCUCCUAUGAAAGCUCUUGCGGCAGAAAUCACCGAGAAGCUGGGCAAGAGAUUGGCUUGGCUUGGCAUUCAGGUCAGAGAGUUGACUGGUGAUAUGCAGCUGACCAAAGCCGAGAUUGUUGCUACCCAGAUCAUCGUCACUACUCCAGAGAAGUGGGAUGUCGUGACUCGAAAGUCGACUGGCGAUACUGAGCUCGUGCAGAAAGUGCGAUUGCUCAUCAUAGACGAGGUGCAUAUGUUGCACGAUGAGCGAGGUGCAGUGCUGGAAUCACUUGUCGCUAGAACAGAGCGUCAAGUUGAAAGCACUCAAUCUCUCAUUCGCAUCAUCGGUCUCAGCGCCACCUUACCCAAUUACAUUGAUGUCGCAGACUUCUUGAAAGUCAACCGCAUGGCUGGCUUGUUCUACUUCGACCAGUCCUUCAGACCAGUACCACUCGAGCAGCACUUCAUCGGUGUUAAAGGCAAGCCCGGAACCAAGUCAAGUCGUGAGAACCUGGACAACACUUGUUUUGAGAAAGUGAAGGAAAUGCUUGAGCUCGGACAUCAGAUUAUGGUCUUUGUGCACAGUCGCAAAGACACUGUCAAAACUGCUCGACAGCUGUAUGAGAUGGCUACAGAACAAGGGAUGACGGAUCUGUUCGAUCCUAGCCAGUCUGAAGGGUAUUCUCAGGCACUCAAAGACGUCAAGCAAUCGAAGGGCCGCGAGAUCCGCGAGCUGGUACAGAAAGGCAUGGGUACCCAUCAUGCUGGGAUGCCUCGCUCCGAUCGCAAUCUGGUCGAGCGACUAUUUGCAGAAGGAGUGCUAAAAGUACUCUGCUGUACGGCGACCUUAGCCUGGGGUGUCAAUUUGCCAGCUGCCGCAGUCAUCAUCAAAGGUACCCAGCUAUACAGCGCUGAGGCUGGUAAAUUUGUCGAUGUCGGCAUUCUGGAUGUCCUGCAGAUCUUCGGUCGUGCCGGUCGACCUCAAUUCCAAGACACUGGUAUUGGCAUGAUCUUGACCACACAAGAUAAAUUGCAGCAUUAUUUGACUGCAGUCACUCAACAGCAGCCAAUCGAGUCGCAGUUCAGCAGGAAGCUUGUUGACAAUUUGAACGCUGAGAUCGCGCUUGGCACUGUGACCAGCGUGCCAGAAGCCAUCACAUGGCUAGGCUACUCAUACCUCUUUGUUCGCAUGAAGCGCAACCCUAUUGCGUACGGAAUUGAAUGGGCUGAAAUCCACAAUGAUCCGAAUUUGGUCCAGCGCAGACGUGAGCUCAUCCUAAAGGCAGCACGAGUUCUGCAGCAAAGCCAGAUGAUCAUCUUCAACGAGUCUACCGAAGAGCUCCGCGCCAAAGAUGUUGGACGUAUUGCAUCUCAAUUUUAUGUCCUGCAGACGAGUAUUGAAAUCUUCAACGCCAUGAUGCGUCCACGCGCGACUGAAGCAGAUGUAUUGAAGAUGAUCAGUAUGAGUGGCGAGUUCGACAACAUUACUAGCCGCGAGAGCGAAGAGAAAGAGCUCAUGCGACUCAAGGACGAAGCUGCCCCUUGCGACAUCGAAGGUGGCAUCGGCACGCAGCAGGGCAAAACGAACGUUCUGCUGCAGUCCUAUAUCAGCAAAGCGAACCUCGAGGACUUCACGUUAGUCUCUGACACUGCGUACGUGGCACAAAACGCAGCCCGUAUUUGCCGAGCACUGUUCAUGAUUGCACUUAAUAGGCGCUGGGGCUAUCAGUGUUUGGUGCUACUGAGCAUGUGCAAAAGUAUCGAGAAGCGAGUCUGGCCUUACGAGCAUCCAUUCCACCAGUUCGACCUGCCACAAGCAGUACUCCGCAACCUGGACGAGAAAGCAAGCUCGGCGUCUAUCGAGUCCUUGCGAGAUAUGGAACCUGCUGAGAUCGGCAGUCUGGUGCACAAUCACAAGAUCGGAACCACCAUUGGGAAGCUGCUGGACAACUUUCCUACCUUGUCUGUCGAGGCUGAGAUCGCUCCUCUCAACCGAGACGUACUUCGUGUCAAGCUCUUCAUCACUCCGGAAUUCAAGUGGAAUGACCGCCACCAUGGCAAGAGCGAAAGCUACUGGAUCUGGGUUGAAAACUCUGAAACGAGCGAGAUCUACCAUCACGAGUUCUUCAUCUUGAGCCGUAAAAAGCUUUACGAUGACCACGAGCUCAAUUUCACAAUACCACUCUCUGAUCCUCUCCCUAGUCAGAUCUAUGUGCGAGCUGUCAGCGAUAGAUGGCUCGGCGCGGAGACUGUCACGCCUGUCUCUUUUCAACACCUCAUCAGACCUGACACCGAAAGUGUGUACACCGAUUUGCUGAACUUGCAACCACUGCCUAUCAAGGCGCUCAAGAACCCAAUUCUUGAAGAGAUCUACGGGCAGCGGUUUCAGUUCUUCAACCCCAUGCAGACCCAGCUUUUUCACUGCAUGUACUACACUCCAGCAAAUGUCCUACUUGGUUCUCCGACUGGAUCUGGAAAAACGAUUGCGGCUGAACUUGCGAUGUGGUGGGCUUUUCGCGAGAAGCCUGGUAGCAAAGUCGUCUACGUUGCACCCAUGAAAGCUCUCGUUCGAGAGCGAGUGCAGGACUGGAGCAAGAGACUUACGCGACAAAUGGGUCUGAACCUUGUUGAAUUGACUGGUGAUAAUACUCCCGACACUCGUACCAUUCGUGACGCCGAUAUCAUUGUUACCACGCCUGAGAAGUGGGACGGUAUCAGUCGUAGCUGGCAGACAAGAAGCUAUGUCCAGCAAGUCAGCCUUGUCAUCAUUGAUGAGAUCCAUCUGCUCGGCGGGGAUCGAGGACCAAUUCUCGAGAUCAUUGUCAGUCGUAUGAACUACAUUGCCUCUCAGAAGAAGGGCUCCGUGCGCAUUGUGGGUAUGUCUACUGCCUGUGCAAAUGCCAUGGACCUGGCAAACUGGCUCGGUGUCAAAGAGGGACUCUUCAACUUUCGCCAUUCCGUGCGUCCAGUCCCUCUCGAGAUCUACAUUGAUGGCUUCCCUCAGCAGCGGGGCUUCUGCCCGCUCAUGGAGAGCAUGAAUCGACCAACUUUCUUGGCCAUCAAAGCUCACUCGCCGGAGAAACCGGUCAUCGUCUUCGUAGCAUCUCGAAGACAGACUAGAUUGACAGCGCGAGCAUUGAUCAAUCUCUGUGGCAUGGAGGACAACCCGAGAAGAUUCAUGAAAAUGUCCGAGGAAGAUCUGGCGCUGAAUUUGGAUCGUGUCAAAGAUGAUGCUCUUCGUGAGGCUAUCAGCUUUGGUAUCGGACUGCAUCAUGCUGGUCUGGUUGAAUCCGAUAGACAGUUGGCGGAAGAGCUGUUCGCCAACAACAAGAUUCAGAUCCUUGUGGCUACCAGUACCCUUGCGUGGGGUGUCAAUUUACCCGCACACCUGGUUGUGGUGAAGGGCACGCAGUUCUUCGACGCCAAGAUCGAAGGCUAUAAGGAUAUGGAUUUGACGGAUGUGCUGCAAAUGCUUGGUCGAGCAGGACGACCGCAAUUCGACACUUCGGGUAUUGCUCGCAUCUUCACUCAAGACUCCAAGAAGGCAUUCUACAAGCAUUUUCUGCAUACUGGCUUCCCCGUGGAGUCAUCUCUGCAUAAUGUUCUGGACAACCACUUGGGCGCCGAGGUGUCAGCAGAGACUAUCUCAACGAAGCAAGAUGCUCUAGACUACUUGACCUGGACAUUCUUCUUCCGACGCUUGCACAAGAACCCAUCCUACUACGGCCUGGAGAUCUCUGCCGAAGAUAACAACACUAUUGCAGCACAACAAGCCGCCAAUGACUACAUGAUAGAAAUGGUUGACAAGUCACUCAACGACCUCGCUGACUCGAAAUGUAUUACGGUCAUGCCCAACGGCGAUGUCGAUCCCACGCCUCUUGGCAAGAUCAUGAGUUACUACUAUCUCUCUCACAAGACCAUCAAAUCUCUCACCGAGCACGCCAAGCCAACAGCGAGCUUUGAAGACGUCUUGGUCUGGAUGUCUCGCGCGACGGAAUAUGACGAACUUCCGGUGCGGCACAACGAAGACCUCAUCAAUUUCGAGCUUUCCAAUAACCUACCUCUCAAAGCUGAUAAACUUGGACUACCAAUGUGGGACCCACACGUCAAGGCUCAUCUUCUUCUCCAAGCACAUUUCUCCCGCAUCGAUCUUCCCAUCAGCGAUUACGUCGGUGAUCAGAACUCCGUCCUCGAUCAGGCGAUUCGUAUCAUCCAAGCUAGUAUCGAUGUCCUCACUGAGCUGGGUUACCUCCAAAGCUGUAAGAUGAUGAUGACGCUCCUCCAAUGUGUCAAGUCCGCUCGUUGGCCCGAUGAUGGACCAUUGGCUGUCUUCCCCGGUGUCAGUCCGGAGAAGGAGAAGAAACGGCUCGAGAUGUCAGAUGCACGACCUAAAGACCUUAUCGAUGCAACGACUGCCAGCAAGUCUGUCAUUGAGACUGCACUCAAGGACCUAGCAUUACCAAAUCCCAGCCAUGCUCGCGUAUUCAAGGUUUUAGCCCAACUUCCCCAACUCCGCCUUUCAACCUCCGACAUCAACGCUCUCGGCUUGACCAUUAACCUCCAAAGACUCAACCCGCUGCAGGAUCGCGAAGGCAGAAUCUUCGCACCACGAUACCCGAAACCUCAGACCGAGGGCUAUUUCUUGCUUGUCGAAGAGGUGGGAAGUGGAGAUGUGCUUGCUAUGAAGAGGGUCAAUUGGCCGAGUGUGCAAAAGGGAGGUCGUGUUAGCACCAAGGCUAGUGUCAAAUUUCCUGAUGCUGAUGGGGAGAGGACGGUAAGGGUUGUGGUUGUGAGUGAUUGUUAUAUUGGGAUGGAGUGGACGAUUGAGGAUGUGGAGGUUCCUGCUCCGCCGAAGGUUGGUGAUGGUGGGUUGAAGAAGUAGUGAUGAAGUUGUUCUGAGAGUGCCCUUUGGGAUCAAUCGAAAUUGUCGUGCCU